AUGGCGCUCUGUUUUUUCGCAUUUGCGAUUGUUCUGUUGCUAACCCUAGACUCUGAUAGUAAUUCGAUUCCUGUUUCUGCCGCCUCUGAAGGCGUUCAGAUUACAUAUGGUUCAGUGAUUAAGCUGAUGCAUGAGAGGUCGAAGUUCCGGUUGCAUUCACAUGAUGUGCCUUAUGGCUCUGGCAGUGGGCAACAGUCUGUUACUGGUUUCCCUAACGUUGACGAUUCCAACAGCUACUGGAUUGUCAGGCCUACACCAGACUCAUCUGCUAAACAAGGAGACCCAAUUAAGAGUGGUACCAUCAUUAGGUUGCAGCAUAUGAGGACUAGGAAAUGGCUGCAUAGCCACUUGCAUGCAUCUCCUAUAUCUGGCAAUCUAGAGGUGAGUUGUUUUGGAGGUGAUGGUGAAUCUGAUACUGGGGAUUACUGGAGAAUUGAUAUCGAAGGAAGUGGAAAAACUUGGAGGCAAGAUCAGAGGGUAAGGCUUCGUCAUGUGGACACUGGUGGAUACCUGCUCAGUCAUGACAAGAAAUACUCCCGUAUAGCUGGGGGUCAGCAAGAGGUUUGUGGUGUUCGGGAAAAACGAGCUGAUAAUGUCUGGUUGGCAGCUGAGGGAGUGUAUCUGCCAGUCACUGAAAGCAACAUCUUGAAUGAAAGGGGCAGGGCGACUACUGAUCCGAAAGAGAUCUGUACCAUCUUCAAACAUUAUUACCUACACUUGUUCUCAUCCUCCUAUCCAUUUGGUAUUGAAGAGGCCAUUCAAGAUCUUGAGGCCAAAGUCACCCCUGGGAUGAAAGAUCAGCUCUACAGAUCGUGCACUGACGAGGAAGUGAAAAGAGCAGUGUUCGAAAUGGACCCGCUGAGAUCCCCUGGUCCCGAUGGUUUUUCUGCAGAUCCAAUCUUUUUGUUUCCAAGAUUUGAGCUAAAAUUGGGUUAUUGA